AUGGCGAAUACGGAGUUGCAGAUGAACCCUCAAAUGGAACAGAUCCAUGGUGAAAUUCGUGAUACUAUGCGUGCCAUUGCAAAUGGCUUUCAAAAGCUGGAUAAGAUUAAAGACUCCAGUAGACAAAGUAAGCAGCUGGAGGAGCUCACUGGAAAGAUGAGGGAGUGUAAAAGGCUGAUUAAAGAAUUUGAUCGUGAAAUUAAAGAUGAAGAAAGUAGAAAUCCUCCAGAGGUGACUAAGGAACUGAACGAUGUAAAGCAAAACAUGAUCAAAGAGUUGAAUUCAUACGUGGCUUUGAGGAAAACGUACACGAGCACUCUUGGAAAUAAAAGGGUUGAACUCUUUGACAUGGGAGCUGGUGCCAGCGACCCUACAGCUGAUGAGAAUGUUCAAAUGGCAUCAGAAAUGUCAAACCAGGAGCUUAUCAAUGCUGGAACGAAGACAAUGGACGAAACUGACCAGGCCAUUGAACGCUCCAAACAGGUUGUCCACCAAACGAUUGAAGUGGGAACUGAAACUGCUACUACCUUGAAGGGCCAGACUGAGCAAAUGGGUCGUAUUGUCAAUGAACUGGACACAAUCCAGUUCUCCAUCAAAAAGGCAUCACAGCUCGUUAAGGAGAUUGGCAGACAGGUGGCUACGGACAAGUGCAUCAUGCUCUUUCUUUUUCUGAUUGUAUGUGGAGUAAUAGCCAUAAUUGUCGUGAAGAUUGUGAAUCCCAACAACAAAAGCAUAAGAGAUAUUCCGGGACUGGCUCCUCCAGCUCCUACCACAAGGAGAUUGCUGUAUGCAAAGCCAGGGCAACAUUUUUAUUAA